UAUUCACACAGUGUGAAGAAAGAAGAAACAACCACACUCAUAUCUGAGAGAAGUGAACUGUUGAAAGUUUCAAAACAACUUCUUUAUCAGUUAACGUCACUGUUAAUUCUUCAAGUACUUGUCUAUUGUAACUGAUCUAUGGAAGCUCCAAUUUCAAUGGGGACUCCAAGAGGAAGAGCAAGUGGAAGAGGAAGAGGAAGAGGAGGAGGAGUUCUUCUUCUUCUUCCAUGUUCUGUUGCAUUUUUCUUGUUUUUUAUCACUGCAACUGCUUUGCUUUCUCCCAAAGGAGUAAACUUUGAAGUUCAAGCUUUAAUGGGGAUAAAGAACUCACUGGUGGAUCCUCAUGGUGUUUUGGAUAAUUGGGAUUCUGAUGCUGUUGAUCCUUGUAGCUGGACUAUGAUUACUUGUUCUGCAGAGAACUUGGUGAUUGGAUUGGGUACUCCAAGUCAAUUUUUAUCUGGUACUCUUUCUCCAACCAUAGGAAACUUAACCAACCUUCGGAUUGUGAUGCUUCAGAAUAACAACAUAACUGGACCAAUCCCUUCAGAGUUGGGAAAACUACCUAAGCUUCAAACUCUUGAUCUCUCUAAUAACUUCUUCGGUGGUGAAAUUCCCCCCUCACUUGGUCACUUGAGAAGUUUGCAAUACAUUAGGCUCAAUAAUAACAGUCUUCAUGGUGAAUUGCCAGAAUCAUUGGCUAAUAUGACACAGCUUGCUUUUCUUGACUUGUCCUACAACAACAUCAGUGGCCCUAUACCAAGAAUUUUAGCUAAAUCCUUCAACAUUGUUGGAAAUCCCUUUGUUUGUGCAACUGGAAAAGAACCAAACUGCCAUGGCAUGCUCAUGCCAAUGUCCAUGAACUUAAAUAGCACUGAAGGUGAUGAGGGAGGAUAUAGUAGAGGAGCAAGAGCUGCUUUUGGCAAGAAUCCAAGUGGAGCACCUUAUUAUGUUGGAAUAAGUGAUCUAUCUACAGGAAGAAGUAGAAGAAGAAGAGGAGGAGUUCGGCAUCCACCUCCACCUCCUCGUCCUAGUGCUGUUGGCUCCUCCUCCUACAAAAGCUUGCAUAAACUCCUUCUUCUCUGUUAUUUAGUAUUAACAUUGUAA